AGAGUGGAGAGAGAGGGGUGUGGCCGUAAGGGGUCUUUUGCUGCUGAUGCUGUGGAGAUUGCGUUUAUCUCUCAUCUAGUCAUUGCUGUCUGCAAUUCGUCCUGUCAACACCGGCGUCAUUCGCGCCCUGGAUGGCUGCAUUUCCCGAGCAGUUUUUCCCGAGGACUUUUGACUUAUAAGUAAACAACCAUGACUGACCCAAUGACACAAGAUUCUUUCCCUGUCCCGGAUCCCACAAUCGUGGACCCUUCGGCCGUACGGAACGGCGGGUGCGCGUCUAAUGCGAAUCUAUCCAAAAUACCGAGUCAAGACGAUCCUUUUAAUAUGGACCGGGACCAAGAGAUGAGAAUCACCGACAGCGUUGAUGGUCAAGGUAGCCUGCUGGAGAGCAGCAUGCGACUAAAGCCCCACGAGGCUCAGAACUACAGGAAGAAGGCAUUGUGGGUGUCUUGGAUCUCCAUCGUGGUGACAAUCAUCCUGGCAGUGGCAGCCUUCACUGUUUCAUUCAUGAGACACAGCGCAUCAGCCUUCGGAUUUGCCUUUGACGCCACGUUGGACGUGCUAUCUUCAAUCAUCGUGCUGUGGCGUUAUAGCAACGCAGCAGCUGUCCACUCUGCCCAUAGGGAAUACAUAGCGUGUGUGGUCCUUGGGGUGGUCUUCAUCUUGUCCUCCCUGUGCAUUCUGGGAAAAGCCAUCCAUGACCUGGCCACCAAGCUGCUUCCUGAAGUGGAUGACUUCCUCUUCAGUGUGUCUAUUGUCAGUGGGAUUAUGUGUAUUAUCCUGGCUGUGUUGAAGUUCAUGCUGGGGAGAGUGCUGACCAGUAGAGCCCUCAUCACUGACGCGUUUAACUCCAUGGUGGGGGGAAUCAUGGGUUUCUCCAUCCUCAUCAGUGCUGAGGUGUUCAGACACCACCCUGACGUCUGGUACCUGGACGGCUCCAUCGGCGUCAUCAUCGGACUCGUCAUCCUCGCGUAUGGGGUCAAACUGCUGCUGGACAUGGUACCCAGGGUGAGACAGACCAGGAACUACGAACGCUUUGAGUGAGCCAGUCACCAGAUUAGUGGGAUGCUCCGAGGACCAGGGUUACACCUGCCACAGCCCCAAUCUCUCUCUGUCUCUCUGUCUCUCUGUCUCUCUCUCUCUCUCUCUCUCGCUCUCUCGCUCUCUCGCUCUCUCUCUCUCACACGCACACACACACACACACACACACGCGCACGCGCACACACACACACACACACACACACACACACACACACACACACACACACACACACACACACACACACACACACACACACACACACACACAUAUAUAUAUAUAUAUAUACGCACACACACACACACACACACACACACACACACACACACACACACACACACACACACACACACACACACACACACACACAUAUAUAUAUAUAUAUAUACGCACACACACACACACACACACACACACACACACACACACACACACACACACACACACACACACACACACACACACACACACACACACACACACACACACACACACACACACACACACACAGGCCUUAGCCUGGAGAGACUCGGAGGGAAAAACAAUGAAAGACAUUAAGAUGUUGUCAUUCUGAAUGCCAACCCCUCAAUCAAGCUUUCCCAUCCAGCCCCCCCCCCCUCCAACCAUUUCUCCUUACCUCCUGACACAUUCUGUCCAUCGUUACUAUUAUCCAGAAAAGAAGGAGGGAAUGAAAGGGGUGUGAAAAUGACCAGGAAGAGGUUGUCAUUAACGGCUGCUACCAGAGAGAGGAGCUUUCCUUUGGCACGUCUAUUUGAACCCCUUGCCAUUGUUGCUAAGCGACCUGGAAGCCCUGGCAUUUUGAAAGGCACAAGAUCAUAAUUUUCAUAUUGAUCCAAACCUCCUGGGAUCCUUAGUCAAAUGCUCCCUUUUCCUUGCCAACACUGAUUAGUAAUACCUGUUGUAGAUCAUCCAUCUCAUCUUCUGUGAUGUUUUAAAAUCCCUAGGUAUUGUUAGAAUUUAUAAUGAGUCUGGUUGACUCACUGCAGGUUCAGAGUGCGUGUUGGAGUGGAAUCCUGCCACUACUUUCUGCCCUGUCUGUCUCUGCUCUCUGAGAUUAGAAGCUGUUAACUAUAGUAUACUGAACGAGAAUAUAAACGCAACAUGCAAAAAUGUCAAAGGUUUUACUGAGUUACAGUUCAUAUAAGAAAAUCAGUCAAUUUAAAUUCAUUAAUUAGACCCAAAUCUGUGGAUUUUACAUGACUGGGAAUUCAGAUAUACAUCUGUUGGUCACAGAUACCCUAACAACAAUGGGCCCCAGGAUCUUGUCACUUUAUCUCUGUGCAUUCAAAUUGCCAUCGAUAAAAUGCAAUUGUGUUAGUUGUCAGUAGCUUAUACCAUAACCCCACCGCCACCAUGGGGCACUCUGUUCACACCGUUGACAUCGGCUAACCGCUCGCCCACACAACGCCAUGCACAUGGUCUGCUGUUGUGAGGCCCGUUGGAGGUACUGCCAAAUUCUCUAAAACAACAUUGGAGGCGGCUUAUGGUAGGGAAAUGAACAUGAAAUGACCUGGAAACAGCUCUGGUGAACAUUCCUGCAGUCAGCAUGCCAAUUACACGCUCCCUCAAAAUGAGACAUCUGUGACAUUGUGUUGUGUGACAAAACUGCACAUUUUAGAGUGGCCUUUUAUUGUCCCCAGCACCUGUGUACCUGUGUAAUGAUCACGCUCUUUAAUCAGCUUCUUGAUAUGCUACACCUUUGAGGUGGAUGGAUUAUCUUGGCAAAGGAAAAAUGCUCACUAACACGGAUGUAAACAAAUGUGUGCUCAAAAUAUGAGAGAAAUAAGCUUUUUGUGCGUGUGGAAAAUGUCUGGGAUCAUUUAUUUCAGCUCAUGAAACAUGGGACCAACACUUUACAUGUUGCAUUUAUAUUUUAGUUCAGUAUAUAUAAAGAGGGCUAUACAGUGUACGGUAGGUAGGUCUGUGAGCAGCUCACACAGCUGGAGUCAUAUACUGUAAAUGAAUGUGCCCUCUGCAGUGCUUCUCCUGGCUUCUCUACUGACACAGCCCAGGUGCCAGUAGAGGACACAGUGAUACAUGUAUAUAUCCCUGUGGUAGAGGACUAUGGCCAGUCACUCCACGGUAGUCCUCCACUCGCUGGCUUCAGAGAGAAACAAAAAAAAGAGAGAAAGGGAGGCCCAAACAGCAGGGCCAGGCCAGUAUCUGGAGGGGUGUGGCUGCCCAUUGGUAAGAUAUAGAGUACUGUACAUGCACAGAGCAGACCAGACCAGAGCAGACCAGACCAAACCAGACCAGAGCAGAGGCGAGCAGACUAGACCAAACCAAACCAGACCAAACCAGACCAGACCAAAACAGAGCAGAGCAGACCAGACUGGACCAGACCAGACCAAAACAGACCAAACCAUACCAAAACAGACUAGAGCAGACCAGACUAGACUAGACCAGACCAGACCGUCAAGCAAGGCAGAGAGUAGUUCACAGUCAACAUUGACUUCAGGGUUGAGUGCGAAAAGCAAACUGUUAGCAUAAGUGAAUAUAUGGCAUUACAGUGUCCCACUGAAAAGCUGAGAACAAAGAACACAAGUCUAUCAAUCACUAGAAGUACAGAAACACCGUUCUACUUGACAAAGCACAAGUAGAAGCCUAUCCAGAUGGGAGCACACAGGGAACCAGACUAGAGACAGUUACAGUAGCUACAGUAAUACCUCUUCCUCCAGAUAUGCAUGCUGUACCACACUGUUUUGUUCUAGAUAACAGUGUUAAAUCCUGUCAUAAUAAUGACUGUAUCCCUCCACAAUCUUGUCUGGGAUAACCGUGUCUAUAUAACUGAUAGUCAUAUGUUUCAGUGCCAUACAUGCUCAGAUUCCUAAACGAAGACAACAUUAUUAGCCAGCUUGUUUACAUGGCACUUACUUAUGUUUACAAUGAUAUAUACUGUAUGUAUCUAUGUCAGUAGAGCGUGAGAGAAAUACUGACGUCAAGGUUAGAGACAAGAAAGUAACUGGUUCAGGUAAAGUAGUGUAGGUAUGUAUGUACAGAGCACUAUAUUGCAAAAUUGUAUUCAUUACUUUUUAAACUAAAUUAGAAUUCUUAACAUGCGGUAGCCAAUAGAUGUGAUUAUGUGCCAUGUUUCACAAUUGCAAUAGUUAUAUGGUGGACACAUUCAAGUUAUAUGUCAAAAAUAAAUGUACAUGUCCCAACUUAAUCUACCUGUCCUGACAGUAUGGACCGUAACCAACAUAGAGAGUCAAUAUUAUGUGCGGCCAUCGGUCACUAUGUACAUCAGUGAUCUGCUUCACAGCAUAUUGGAUCACCAUCAACGACAGUGUUCUCUCUCUUCCUGUUUACCUCCGCUUACCCCUCAUAGUAGUGAUGCGUUUCCUGUUUACCUCCGCUUACCCCUCAUAGUAGUGAUGCGUUUCCUGUUUACCUCCGCUUACCCCUCAUAGUAGUGAUGCGUUUCCUGUUUACCUCCGCUUACCCCUCAUAGUAGUGAUGCGUUUCCUGUUUACCUCCACUUACCCCUCAUAGUAGUGAUGCGUUUCCUGUUUACCUCCGCUUACCCCUCAUAGUAGUGAUGCGUUUCCUGUUUACCUCCGCUUACCCCUCAUAGUAGUGAUGCGUUUCCUGUAUACCGUACGCAAAUGACUGUAAAUACAAAACAUAAAAUGUGUAUAAAUGUUUAAUACACUGUUUAGAUAGAGGCUUCUAGAUGUAGCAAACCAAUAGGAAUAGCUAAAAUGGAUGAAUGUUAUUUUGUAAACAAUAGAUGAUUCAUAUUAUAUUUAAGUCGUAGUAUAAGUCUUUACACUGCCAGUUCAGCUCAGCUUUGAGUUGAUACACUGUAAAUGUGUAAGUGAGAGCUUUCUUUACCCCCACGAAGAUGACAAAUGCAUAAGUCUUCAAAAAAUAAAAAGCACAGAGUUUAGAUCUUAAAUUCCAUCCAAAGAAGCACAGAAAUAGGAAGUUAAAGAAAUGUUAUACUUCUUAGAGUAUCAUUCCUGGUCUUACAUUGUUAAAGUAUGUCUGUGCUCACUGCUUAGAAGACCAGGAUACAGUAACAUUCUCAAUAACACGGACAAACUUCCCCUUCAGCUGAAUUUAGAGGCUGUUAAAAAAGAUAGUAAUUUUCCAUGGAAUUGGUAUGUAAUGCUCUCAUGCCUGGGUAUUAAUCCCAGUGUCAUACAACUGAGUUGUGCAUACUGUACAUUGUAAGUGAGUAUACUGUAGAUGCUGUAGAUUGACUGACAUAAUAGGAGCAACAUCUAUUUUGUAAUUACUUCACUGUAUGGAUGUGUUUUCUCCAAAAUGGCGCCAGAUGACGUCUCGUGAAGUUGAAUUCGUGCUAAGAAUCUGUUACAGUAAUUCCCGAUUCAAAGCUGUGAAAUAAUUUCUAGAUAUGUGUUUAAUGGUGUAAUUGGCAGCAACGUGCUAUUAAUUAAUUGGCUCAUUCGUUUUACUUCACAAGCACUGGCAAUCAGACAAAGACAGACACAGGGAUACAUGGAAACACACUAGUAAUCAGACAAAGACAGACACAGGGAUACAUGGAAACACACUGGCAAUCAGACAAAGACAGACACAGGGAUACAUGGAAACACACUGGUAAUGUAAGGAAGCAGACACAAGCACAAUGUCAUAGACAAAACAUGUAACCAUAGCGAUGUCUUCUACUGAUCAUUUGAUGAAGUUAUGUUAUAGCAACACUAGCCCUUUCCACUGUUUACCUUUGCAUAGGCUGACACAAACCCCAGCGUUCUACAGUAUAUACUUUUUUUGCUUUUCUAAAACGCACACAUACACAUUCACACUCGUCUAGGCACAUCAUCUUAAUGUAAAUUACACCUGUGAACAGUUUAAGAGUAGAAUCAUGUGUCUGAUUGUAAAUAUUUCAAUGGUAUUACAGAUUAUGUAAACACUACUGUAUGUAUAUUUAUGUAGAACACAUAUCUGACUAUGUGGUACCUCUUCCUCACAGAGGAAACGUUUUAUUGAACAAUAAAGUUUUCUGCUCAUUCA